AUGACCUUGACACACCUACCCAUGGGGCAGGAGCUCCACUUCAACUCAGCCCCAGUAGCAGUCCCUGCCCAGCUACGUCGCAGGUGUUUCUCUCUCCAGCCCCAUCUCCUGGGUGGACCUUGGACCCGUGUUUCCAGUUCUGUUCCGGGCACCAUCUCCCGCUGCUCCUGCCCGGACUCCCUGGGUGCACCUUGUACCUGCUUCAUGACCUUGCCUCGUCUGAGCGUGUCAGUGGGUCCAACCACCAGUGCCUGCUCUGCCUGUCCUGCUCAGGUGCUGCAGGACUCUGCUGGUGACAGCCACCGCCGUGGCUCCGGCCACCCCCAGCUCAUCUCCCCGUGGGGCAGCCCCACUCUGCCGCUCCCUGAAGCGGUGGCAGAAUCGCUGCCCAGAGAACUGGCGGCAGCAGGACUGCAGCGAGAAGAAAGCCAUCAGGCAAAAGCCAGAAACAGAGGCAUUUGCAUGGAUAGGGGACGAGGAGAGGGGGACCCCCUGCCCCGGGUUUUCGGAGGGCUGAGACCCCCCAGCCCGGUCCGUGUGCGAGGUCUGGGCUGGCAGGAGGGGUUUGGCUCCGGAGAACCCGACCCCGUGUUAAAAAGCUUUCCGGAAAAGCUGAAAGUACUUCUUAUUUACAGGUUUCCUCUUACAAGACCUGAUCUUUGCAAGAAAUGGGAAGCUGCUGUUAAAAGGAAAAACUUCAAGCCAACCAAGUAUAGCAGCAUUUGUUCAGAACACUUUACUCCCGAUUGCUUUAAAAGGGAAUGCAACAACAAGCUUCUGAAAGAAAAUGCUGUGCCCACAAUAUUUUGUUAUACUGAACCCAGUGAAAAGCCUGAAGAAUUUGCAGAACAGCCAGAAGAUCCACUACCGCCGCCUCCGCCACCGCCGCCACCGCCGCCACCACCACCACCACCACCACCAGCUGCUCCAGCACUACCGCCAUCUCCAUCAACUCCUUCUUUUCAUUUGUCUCAAAUAGAUGCCAGAUUUGUAGAUCCAAGUAUUGGAUUAUUGAUGCCUCCUCUCCAGACCCCUAGCAAUCUUGCUGUUUUUUGUGAUCACAACUAUACUGUAGAGGAUACAGUUCAUCAGCGAAAAAGAAUUCAGCAGCUGGAGGAACAAGUUGAAAAACUGCGGAAGAAGCUCAAGACAGCACAACAGCGAUGCCGGCGUCAGGAAAGACAAAUUGAAAAACUGAGGGAGAUCGUUCAGUUUCAGAAAGAAAAAGACAUAUUGGCAGGAAAAGGCUAUGUGAUUCUGCCCAAUGACUAUUUUGAAGUUGUAGAAGUACCUGCCUAGAAGUCAUGAACACCGGUUUUCACUUUGCUUGGCCAAGAAAUUUAGUUUGAAAACUAAAUGCUCUCUAAUUCUGUGUGUAAGACUCUCCAGAAUUCUAAAACAGUAAAUAAGCAGUCAUACGAAUGAGAUCACAUUUUUUCUUCAUUAUCGUUUCAGUUUGAUACACUUUUAAUAUAUUGAAAAUGCAAGCAUCUCAGAAUUAGAAUAUGCAUCUGGUUUACAAAAUCUGAAUUGCUUUACAGAAGGAAAGGAUGCAAGGUUGAAUACAUUUUACUUUUUUUUUUUUUUUUUUUUACCAUGGCUGUCUUAUGCUUACAGGGGAUGGGGAACUGAAUCUGGCUGAGUGAAGUUGAGGUUGUUGUACACUUAGUGCAAAGCUUUGUCGAGGCGUUUAAUGUUGGUUUUGGUGAUCCCCAGGAAGUAGUUUUCACUGAUUUCAGGAGGAGCAGAAUUAGGCCAGUUAAGAACACCUGCAAGUGCUACAGAAAGAGAGAGAAAGAUAAGAUACACAUUUCAGCCUGGGAAAACUUCCAACCUCAGUUUGCUGUGCCUUCAAAGCACUGCAAAAAGUCUAAUUCCUGGAUCCCUUUGGUGAGGUAUGUAAAUGAACCUCUUCUUUUGGAAUAACCUUUCGCCAUGGUGUGUUGUAAGGGAGAUGAGGAGAAUUCAUUAGCGUAGCUGACAAGAGCUGUAGAAGAGGCUUUUGUCUUGAGGGCACAUAAAAAUACUCCUGAAGUGCAGUGCUGCACUGAACAUACAUGUUAUUGGACUGUUGGCAGGAUCAAGAAGGCAGUGUGCUGUUUAGGGUGACUGCUUUUCAAAAGUACCCUGAUAAUAUACAGUCCCCAAUAUGUUGGAGUGUGACGUUCCCAUAAACACUGUAACGGGUAGGAAGUUGUCCUUGUCUUUGAAAUUGUUGGUCUUAAUUCACAUCUCAACUGUGUGUAGCGUCAGGAAAUGAAGAACUCUUUUUACUUAUCCAGGGUGUCAGGCAUUUGUGACUUCUAUUGCAGUAUACUGUGAUUUUUCUUUCCUUUUUUUUUUUUUUUUUUCUUCUUUCCCCUGCCCCCUGAAAGGCAUCCACCAAAGGGCAGUUAGGGAAUUAGACUUUGGGAGUUGCUUGGUGCUAGACUGGUUUUUAAUAUCUCAAAUGCUGCUGCAUCUCCUUCAGCCUUAUUGAAUUUAGCAUGACAAAGUAGCGCAGCAGUUUGCACUUGCUGUCUAAUAAUUUGUUUAGUCAAUGAACUCAUUCAAAAUCAGAGGAAAUGGCAUCGUGCUAACCCUAUGGUAGCCUUCACAGCUGAAGUUCCUGGAUAUAUUAGACGUGAGGAAAAUAACUUUUCUCAGUCCAUGUCAGACUUGUGUGUAGUGUGGAUUCUAGCUCUGGUAUUAAUCGAGCCCUGUUCACGAUGGCUUUAAAAGCUUCCCUUAAUAUCUUGUUAGCAUGACAUUUUGAAAUGUUUCGAACCAGUCUUGAUACUUCUGACCUCACUCAUGCCAUGUAUCUACUUUCCCUAAAAAAAAAAUUUAAGAUGAACAAAAAUGCUGAUGCAUCCUUUUGUGUACAUUUACUAUACCUGAUUAAAAAUAAAAAGCAAAUGGUGUGUUAGAUUUUU